UGUAACUAGUCUUGUGUUAGUGUGGAUACUCCUAUAUCUUGGGAGCUAGAGUUGCAUAUAAGAAACAUCGUAUUCCUCAUUCAAUACACAGAAAAUUCCAGUUUCUGUUUCUCACUUCAAAUAAUAGCUGAAAGAAAGUUACCAAGUAUUUUUUUCUCUUUUUGAAAAUGGGUUCAAACUCGUCAACCGCAGCUUCAACAGAAGUUUCUACCAUUGUGAAGCACUGGAGAGAGCAUCCUCCUUCGUCUUAUUCCCUUAAGAUUCACAACUUCUCCGAACUUGAGAAGUCGACUGCCUUAUCUGAUCAUAAAUACCAAUCUCGUCUUUUCACCUAUGGUGGAUAUAACUGGAGACUGAUCAUAUACCCAAAAGGGAACGGAGAAGACAAUGUGAGAGGAUUUAUCUCCAUGUAUGUGGAAAUAGAUAGCAAAAGCUUGAUGCUAUUCACAUCACCUACAGAGAUUUUUGCGGAACUUCGUUUCUUUGUCUAUAACAAGAAAGAAAACAAGUACUUUACUAUUCAAAAUGUGGGAGUAAAACCGUUCAGUGAACUUAAAACGAGGUGGGGGUUGCAGCAAGUUCUUCCAUGUGAUACAUUUAAUAACCCUGACAACGGUUACAUCUUUGAGGGAGGUCAAUGUGAGUUUGGUGUUGAUGUCAUUGUUGCUCCAUCCCUUACCAAUUGGGAAGUCCUCUCUUUUACUAAGAAAUACUUUGAUCCUAAGUUCUCUUGGACUAUAAAAGAUUUUUCUGAGUUGAAAGAGGAUGUCCAGAAAUCAAACAGUUUUCCAAUGGGAGGAAAGGAAUGGGUUCUAGCGCUGUAUCCGAAGGGAGCCUUAGAAGCACAUGGAAAAUGGCUAUCCAUUUUUCUGUGUCUAGCCGAUAGUGAUAAACCAGAAGCUGAUGAGAAGAUUUUCGUGCAAGCACGUCUCGGAGUUCUUAACCCACUUGGAUCCUAUCACUUUGAAUAUCCAUUGGAAACGUGGUACACAGAACAAAGCCCGGGUUGGGGUUGGGCUCAGUUCUUACCUUUAGCUGAACUUCCAAAGGUUUAUUUGGACAAGGAAGACGCACUUAAAGUUGAGAUCGAAUUUAAAGUUGUUUCUGAGACCAAAUACUCUUUCACAGAAGCGGAUCCACUUGAAAAGGACUGGGUUCAAUUAACACCAGAAAAUUAAAUAAAUUAGAUUUUAGGCUGUUUUCAUUAAUAAAUUAGGGCAGAGUUGGUCUAAAGCUCUAAUUUUCAUUACUUUUAGAAUUCCUUUGUUUUUGUUUUUGUUUUUUUUUUUCAUUGUUUUUGUUAAGCACAAUUUGAAUUUUUCCUAUAAAUUUGGUUUUUUAAAGAAAACUCCCCUUUGCGCUUUGUUAAACUAAGCACCACCACAAGUAAAGGGUUAUAAUUAAUAUUGGUAAAAAUCACAUUUUUUUGCCAACUGAAAUCAGCAUACUGUUCAAAGUUGGUCUGGUCCUUUCCUUCUACCAUAAUGGUUGUUGGUAAACAGAAUAGAUCGGAUAGAUAUUUAUGAAACAUUUACCCUCCAAGACACAUUAUGAGUUAUCAAUUACACAUAAAGACAUAUUGAGUUAAGAGAACACUUUCUUAUGUUCAUUUGUCUGAAUUGCCCUUCAACUAAAAAGAAGAUGUCAUAACAUGUGUCAAAAUUAUUUUCAAUAUAAUUCCAUUUAACUUUCACCUUUUAGUUUCAUAUUUUUUAAUUCCCUAAACUUAAUCAUGCCUCCAUCUAUCAUCAUCUUCAUCUCUCAUCUUUCGUAUCCUUCUAAAUAUUCUUCUACUUUACUAAAUUUGUAGAUUUUUUUUUUUUAUAAUUCUAAAUUACUAAUUUUUGUUGUCGAAUCUUUAUCUUUCACCACUUUAUUUUUUAAAUCUCGAAUUCAUGGAAACCUCAGAUUGGGAGCUAAGGAAAGUCGAUUCUGAAAUUUCAGCUUGGGUGAUUCUAGAUCUUCGCCGACGAAUACAUCCAAGGUUUGCUUCUAAUUGAACUAUGAGAAUUUCAUCUACAAAUUUUUUUUCUCUUUCAUCCUUGUUUCUAAUUGAUAUACAAGAAGAUAAGAAAUAAAUAAAGUUUUGAUUUUCUUCUUAAGCAGACAGCAAAACCGAUGUAUCUCCUGCAACAUUUGAUUCACAUGUCGCCCAUCCUUUUCAUGUCCAUCAAUUUCCUUGUCCACAAAUGAACUAUCCACAAAGCUGUCUUGGAUCUAAGUUUGAUUCACAUGUCGCUCAUCCUUUUCAGUGGAUUAGCUCGUGAUUUUCCGUGGAUGAACUUGGGAUUCGACGUGGAUGAACUCGAGGUAGUUGCCUUGGAUCUAAGUUUUUUAUCUCUUCAUGGUGGCUUCUGUUGCAGAGAGAAAGCUCUAAAAGAAACAAUGGUCAAAUUACUCUAUUUUACACAUAUAGUCCUCCCAUUUUUGGAUUUUUGCAAUUUGACCCCAACAUUCUUUAAUUUACUUAUAGAUCCUCUUGAUUUCGUCUCAAACUUUUAAUUAUGUACUUUACGUAAGAAUAAUUUUCUUAUCAACUCAUAUCCACACUUGCUAUGUCCAUUAAAUAUUAUUUAAUAAAAUAAAAAUUUAUAAAAUAUCAAAAAUAUAUAUAUGGAUACAAAUAUAUUUUGUCCAUAGAAACUUGUCCACAAAAACAUUAUAACAUUUUUGUGUCCACAUAAAUUAUGUCCACAGAAGCUUGUCCACAGAAGCUUGUCUACAUAAAUUGCGUCCAUUGAAUUGCGUCCACACAAAAAGCUUAAUCCCUUUCUCUCUUUCAAAACGUCACAAUACAAUAUGUUCUCUAGAUGGAUUAUCUUCAAACAAACAACACAAACCCUAGAUAGAUUAAACUUCAAACACGAUCUUUGUCUACAAUAACAUGUUCACAAACAGUCAUAGUUACACAACUAUAAUUGUAAGAGCUUGUCCAUAAGAACAGGUCCACUACAAACUUGUUUAUAAGAACACAUUCACAUGACUCUUGUCCACAACAUAUAUAUCCACCAGAAAACUGUCCACAAUGUUAACACUCGUCCACAAUUCGUCUAUCCAUAUAACACUCGUCCACAAUUCAUCUGUCCACAUAACACUCGUCCACAAAGACGUAUCCAUAAAAAAAUGUUACAAAAACCUGUCUCCAAUCCAUGCUACAACUUCUUUAUUUUAUUCAUGAUUGAUAAAAGAGAGAGACAUCAAGUAUAAGAACAUAGUUGUUGUCCUUUUAUUGGUAGAAAACUAUAAUUUGAGGAUUGUGAAGCAGAAGUAGAGAAAUAAAAUUUAUUGGGGUCUAAACUGCACAACUGAAAGUUUGGUGUUAAUUUAAGAGGACAUUUCUGCAAAACAAUCGAAAGAAAUCAAAAAGUGAAGGACCAAAUCUGAAAAUUAUUGAAAAUCCACCAUUGUUGCUUGAUCUCUUAUGUGACGAGACAGAGACAGCGAUGAUGAGCACGACGAGGCUUGAAUCCGAGCAUGACACCGUCGGCAGAGCAAGACGACGGAGAUGGUCUGGUGGCCUGAGACAGACGCGACGAGCUGCGGCGGAAAAGAGAGAGCUCAAGACAGGUGAAUCACGGAGGAUAUGAAGCAUACGCAACAAAGGAGGUUUGCGGUUGAGAACUGUUGGUUGGAGUACAGUGGCUGGAGAUUGUAAUGGGAGAGAAGCCGCCAAGCUUGGUUGCCACGAGUUGCAGUCGAAGGUGAGAAGAUCCACGAAGAAAAUGAAUCAAGUGAAGCUUGCGACAGAGACAGAAGAUAUUUCAGUUUGGAAAAAAACAUUAAUAAUCCAACUAUUUUCCUAACUUAACUAACUAGAAGAAAGUAACUAAUUCUUUUUUUUUUUGCUAACUACACGUAAAGCUAAAGGGCAUAAUGGUCAAAAAAAAGAUCUUAGUUUCA